AUGCCUUACAUAAAUUUAAUAAUAAAAAAUAUGGGAUUAAUAGAGUGAAUUGACACAUCUCUUACAUCGUAUGGGUUUUUGCCAAUAAAUCAGCAAUCUCAAGAUAAAAUAAGUUCUGAAAGCAAUGAUAAGAGACUUCAAGAGAUUUCAGACAAGAUCAGAAGUGCUAUGACUCCUGUAAUACAUAAAACAAUAGAUGGGCUUAAUUAUUUAAAAGAGAAUGGGCCCAAUACUAUUGCUAAAGCAGCUGUAAAACUUGAUCCUGUUUAUGAAAGCGUUAAGAAAAACUCUAAAGAAAUAUUAUCGAAUGAAAAAUAUCAGCAAGCAAUUGAAGUAUACAAUGAUAUAAAAGAGAGAAGAAGAAAGUAUAUUGAGGGAACUCCUUAUGAAACUAGAAAAAACAUUGUCUUAUCCUUCUUGGAAUAAAGCUUUUUUUACAAAAAAAACUUGUAAUACUUUGUGAUAAGAUUUUUAAAAAAUAAAUGGAUAUUGUUUUUAGCUGAAAAGUUAGGCUUUUCAGCAGCAACUUUUCUGUUUUCUCCUGUGCUGAUGAACAGUUUAAAAAAAUCCUUAUUUGUUGCUGCAGUCGGAAACUUAGCUUUUACUCCAGAAGAAUUUGAAAGUUUAAAGAAAACUAUUAAAGUUAUUAAUUAG